AUGAUAAAGGGCUUGGAAGGCAAGUCAUAUGGGGGAGAGGCUGAAGGAGACGGGAGCAGCAGUACUGGGAGGAGAAGCUCUUCAAGCAGGGAGCGCUUGAAGAGGAGUCCAAAGAGCCCGAAAGCAGAGGGCUCUGAUUCUGUGACCUCCCAGUCGUCUCCCAGUGAAGAGACUGGAAUGAUGACUGAGGUGAAAGUGAAAACAGAGGUACCAGAUGACUAUAUUGAAGAGGUGAUCUGGCAGGAUGACACCAAAGAUUCCAAGAAGAACAUAAAGGAUGGGCCAGGAGAUGUGCCAGCAGAAAUCUGUGUAGUGAUUGGUGGGGUCCGCAACCAGCAGACACUCGAUGGAAAAGCAGUGGAACGUGGCUCUCCUGUUGGAUAUACACGAAAUCGAUAUUCAGGCACCUGGAUUUUUGACCAUGCAUUGAGAUACACGUCCGGGUCUUAUGAAUGUGGAAUAUGUGGGAAGAAAUACAAGUAUUACAACUGUUUCCAGACCCAUGUGCGAGCGCAUAGAGACACUGAAGCUGCCUCAGGUGAAGGAGCCUCACAAGGCAACAAUUUCAGGUACACCUGUGACAUUUGUGGGAAAAAAUAUAAAUAUUACAGCUGUUUCCAAGAGCACAGAGACCUGCAUGCCGUGGAUGUUUUUAGUGUGGAAGGGGCCCCAGAAAACCGGGCAGACCCCUAUGACCAGGCAGUCAUAGCACCUGACGAAGUGAAAGAAGAGGAGCCGGAACCAUUUCAGAAGAUUGGUCCAAAAACUGGCAAUUAUACGUGUGAAUUUUGUGGCAAGCAGUACAAAUAUUACACUCCCUACCAGGAACAUGUGGCACUGCAUGCACCUAUUAAGUUCUCUCGAUCUCCACUCUUCGUGGCAGUGAAGACACAGGCGAGCCAAUCCGGCAAAAAAACACCGGCUUCAAUAAUCCGAUGUUCCACCCUCCUGCACCGCACCCCCUCCGGUGUCCCACCGGCAUCCCCAUCCCAGAUGUUCCGCGCUCCAAAUUCUGGAUCCCCAGGAAGCAAGGCCACCACAGCAGAAAGCGCUUUCAGCAGGAGAGUGGAAGGCAAAGUGCAAAACAACUUUGAAGAAACAAACAGCAGCUCCCAAAACUCUAGCGCAAUUCAUUCUGGGACAGAAAAACCAAAAGAAAAGAGAUGUAAGCAGAACCCAUCAGAAACCGCAAGUCCCCUGAUUUCAAAUCCUUUCCCGCUUUUACAAAAACCUUACACCUGUGGAGCUUGUGGAAUCCAGUUCCAGUUUUAUAACAAUCUCCUGGAACACAUGCAGUCCCAUGCAGCUGACAAUGAGAACAACAUUGCCUCUAAUCAACCCAGAUCACCUCCGACUGUUGUGGAAGAAAAGUGGAAACCACAGCUCCAAAGAAACAAUGCCAAUAAUACAUCUGCAAGUGGUUCAGUAGGAAACAGCGCGAUUCCAGAGAAGGAGCGGCAGAACAUUGCUGAGAGGUUGCUGCGGGUGAUGUGCACCGAUCUGGGAGCUCUGAGUGUGGUGAGCGGGAAGGAAUUCAUCAAGUUGGCACAGACCCUGGUGGAUAGUGGCGCUCGCUAUGGUGCCUUUUCUGUCACUGAAAUCUUAGGUAACUUCAAUACUUUGGCUCUGAAGCACUUGCCUCGGAUGUACAACCAAGUGAAAGUGAAAGUGACCUGUGCCCUGGGCAGCAAUGCCUGCCUGGGCAUAGGGGUCACGUGCCACUCUCAAAGCGUUGGCCCAGAUUCCUGCUACAUUUUGACAGCUUACCAGGCAGAAGGCAACCACAUCAAGAGUUAUGUCCUAGGAAUUAAGGGUGUGGACAUCCGAGAAAAUGGUGAUUUUAUCCACCACUGGGUGCAGAACGUUCUCUCAGAGUUUGUGAUGUCAGAAAUCAGGACAGUGUAUGUCACAGACUGCAAGGUCAACUCAUCUGCUUUCUCCAAGGCAGGCAUGUGCUUGCGUUGCUCAGCCUGUGCCUUGAACUCAGUAGUGCAAAGUGUGCUGAAUAAGCGAACACUACAAGCUCGCAAUAUGCAUGAAGUCAUCGAGCUCCUGAAUGUCUGUGAAGAUUUGGCAGGGUCCACAGGCCUCUCAAAGGAGACCUUUGGCUCUCUGGAGGAGACAUCUCUCCCACCCUGCUGGAACUCAGUGACUGACUCCCUCCUGCUUGUCCAUGAGCGCUACGAGCAGAUAUGCGAGUUCUACAGCAGGGCCAAGAAAAUGAACCUCAUCCAAAACCUGAACAAGCAUCUGCUCAGCAACUUGGCAGCCAUUUUAGCACCAGUGAAACAAGCAGUGAUUGAGCUAAGCAAUGAGAACCGGCCCACUUUGCAGCUAGUCCUGCCCACGUAUGUUAAACUGGAGAAGCUAUUCACUUCCAAAGCCAAUGAUGCUGGUGUAGUCAGCAAGCUCUGCCAUCUCUUCCUGGAGGCACUGAAAGAGAACUUCAAAGUUCAUUCUGCACACAAAGUAGCCAUGAUUUUGGACCCUCAGCAGAAGCUGCGGCCUGUCCCACCGUACCAGCAUGAAGAGAUCAUUGGCAAAGUCUGUGAAUUGAUCAAUGAAGUGAAAGAGUCCUGGGCAGAAGAAACAGAAUUUGAACCUUCCACCAAGAAACCACGGGCAGCAGGCGAGGCCCCACCAGCUCAGGAAGAAGACCGGUUUGGGAAAAAUGAAGUCUAUGAUUAUUUGCAAGAACCCCUCUUCCAGGCCACUCCUGAUCUGUUUCAGUACUGGUCAUGUGUUACCCAAAAGCAUACAAAACUAGCCAAGUUGGCCUUUUGGCUCUUAGCAGUGCCUGCUGUUGGUGCCAGAAGCGAAUGUGUAAAUAUGUGCGAGCAGGCCCUCUUAAUCAAAAGGAGGCGACUGCUCAGUCCAGAAGACAUGAACAAACUCAUGUUUUUGAAGUCCAACAUGCUUUAAAACUAUCUUUUAAUUAAAAAACAAAACAAAACUUUAAAACACUGUUCCAAACAAAGAGAAAAAAUUUAAGUUCUAAACACUGUGGACCUCAUUAUGAAUGCCCCUGGAAACCAAGUGCUUUUUUAUAUAUAUAUAAAUAUAUAUAUAAAAAUAUAAAUAUAUAUAAAAACUAAGUUUGAGAGGAGAGCUGAGCACGUGUGAGAGACAGCCCUCUGCCAGGAACGUGCUCCUUUCCAUAGAUAGCGUGUGGACUUGACAGACUUUCUAAUGUUUUCAAGCGGGCAGACCAAUGGGAGGCUGACGUUCUAAAGUCUUCAGGCAGCUGAGAUCUAAAGUGACUUGAAGUUUCUUUUAUUUCUCCUCUACCCCACCCUUCCUCUUGUCCCCUGGGCCAUCUUGCCAUGGAUAAUCAAACUACGUUGAACAGACCAGUUCUGCACUGGACUUUGCUCCUAUGAAUAACUGUACACCUUGAGGGCAUUCGUUUGCAACCUUCUUAACAUACGUUGCACGUUAUCAGGGCAGCUGUGUUUUACAAACACCAAGUUGUGUUAGAAGUCAGGAUGGGAAACUUUAAGGAAAUACAUUAUUUUAAUCUUUUCAUACAUGAAGUCCCUUCCCCCCCAAAGAGUUACUUUUCAGUCACCACUCCCGUUUUUGAGUUAAACUUCUUAGCUAGUGAUUUUACAUUUGAGUUAGAACUGAGAGAAAGUAAGUAUGGCAAAAAAUGUCUGUGAUUGUUAUGUUUUAUAGAUUUUUUUUACACAUUAACUUUUUUUUCUGAAGUCCCACUGUAAACCAGCUUAUCUCACCUGUAUGUCCUGCAUAACAGGGGUUCUCAAAUUCAUUUACAGAGUGGCCCAUUCACCACUAAAUAGCAUCCCUGUGGGAACUGCAACGAUUGCUUAUAUGGAAAAGUAACUUUAGGGAAGUAAUGUAUUGUUUAGCUACUUUUAAUACAGUUAAAUGGUGAGAGAAAAAGGAGAAGCCAGCACCUCUUGACCAGGCCACCACCGAGUGAUCCACCAGUGGUCCACCAGCUACCGUUGGAGAAGUUCUGCUAUCUAAAAUUCCUGUAAGCCUUCCCUGUGUGCAGAUUCAAAAUAAUCUUUCACGUGAUCGAGGACAAACCAAGGUGUAUGAUUUUUCAGGGGAACAAAGAUCAUCAGUUUUAUAACUCUAGCGUUUGAAGGAAGAGAAGCAUUGUGGGUUCAAAGAUCCUUCUGAAUCAAUGUAAAAUACACCAGGACUGAAGUAGACAGUUGAGCAACAGUCCUUGAAGACCUGCAUGUAAUAGGCUGUGAUUACUACUACAACCUACUCCUAGGUGGAAAGGAAGCAGGUAAUAGUAUGUUUUCCUUAAGGAAAUGGCUUUCCCAGGGUAAACUAUGGGCACACAACACAAAGACUAAUGUAAUUUACACCAGUGCAGUUUACCUCUGAUGUUUUCUAGGAUAAUUCUGUAUCAGAUUCAAAUAAGUAGCAUUUGAUGUUGUGUGUCCAUGUCCUUGGUGUUCCAUAAGAUGACUCCCAGCUUGGGGGCUCUAACCCAUAAUAGUAGAUUGGAGGAUUUUCUGUUCAAAGAAAUGUUUUCAAAUACCUUUCUUGGAAGAGGCACCCCUACAGUCAGAUUGGCAUGGACUGUAGAGGUUUUGCCUUUCUUUGUACUAAGGAGCACAGAGCAUGGUCCUCUUCCUUGGAUCUCUCACGUGUAUUUUAACAAACCAGUCCACAUCCUUGCAGCCGCAGGAUAUUGACAGUGGCCUCAUCCCCCUUCCAUGCAUGUGGCAAGUUACGGUUUAAGGAUGUUUACAGGCACUGUGCCUGGUAGUUAUGUGAGAGGGUUGUUCAUACAGUCUUCUUUGGAAGAUGCUAGCUGAACACCUGUGUAGAAUGGCUUAGAUGGGGAUGAUGCCACGCUGAGCAAGGGGUUGGACUAGGUGACUUCCUGAGGUACCUUUUAACCCUACCUUUGUAUGGUGCUAUGACAACACACUAUAACACUCCUUGGGUUGCCACUAAGUUAUCAACAAAUUAGAAGGAAAUCAAAGUAGCCCAAAAAAUAUUCAGUGCUAGAUGGGUGAACAUGUACUGAGGAAGGAAUCAUAUCUGUCUAGUUUGAUGGCCAAGGCAGGAAGAAAAGUCCUGUCAUAUUUGAGAGGAGCAAACACCCAAAAGGUGGAGGAAUAGUUAAAGUGGUCUGUAUGGAACAAUUAGGACUCAAGCAACAAAAGGGAAUGACAGAGAAUUAAGCUGGAUAUCAGGAAGAUCUUCCUACUGAAGAGAGGCCUCUUCAGUUGAGGAACAGUCACUCAAGGUAUCAUUUAAAACCAGACUGAAGGGAGCAAUUGAGUGCAUUGUUAGGUACAUUACCGUCCCAGCCCUUGCUGAUGUAUAAGAUAGUCAAAUAGGCUUUCUCUACUGCAGUUAUAAUUUAUAUUAGAGGCUUUGGGAUGUGUGUGAACUGGCCAGUAGGAAGAGGUGGCAACUGUUCUGGGAGCAACAAAUGGGUACUUCUUAACUCUUAAAAGUAAUAAGCCAAGAGAGAGCAAGAGCAUGCUAUACUGAAUCUUUAGCCACUUCUGUUAUGCGCUGCCUGUAUUACACGGUGGUUUGAGUCCUUGGUGCAUCAGUGGAGCUACAUAAGGGUUCACAGAAGCAUGAAACCUAACGAGAGUCAGUAGGCAAAAUUUUCAACAGAACUUUGGCUCCUACGUUUAAUAGGUGCUUAAAAAAUGUGUCCUGUAGCAAAAGUACCCUCUUAUACAGUAUGUGGGAUAUGUCUGUACAUCAGGGGAAAUCUUAAGCACCCAGCAAAAACUUCUUAUUGAUCAAAACAAAAAAAUGCAGAGAGAAAACCAGGCACAGGUCCUAUUUUGCCCCUUGGAACUGUGGGAAUAGUUUGUUUAUGCUAGGCCAGAUAUGGUAAACCAAUGAGAGUGCCCUGAAAUUUAAUUUUAUAUAUUGAAUGUUUUCGGGGUUUCUGUUUAAUUUUUUGUUUUGCUGGUUAGUUGGGUUUUUACUGCACCAAUUAGAGUCCUUUGUUUUUAUACCUUGGCUGACGAGUUUUGCUUACAUUAGAUGACCGUGUAUCCAAUAGCCUCUGUAGGGUUAAUGAUCUGUAGGCAGCUGAGUUUGAAAUUUUUAGAGUACCUUCUGAAAUGAGUCACAUAAAUGUCUAGUUUGUGCACAACAUCAACCACUGACUGAAAGCAUUUUUUUUCUUUCCAUUGUUUUAGUGUCACUGACAGCAGAGUCAGCGUAUGUCUUGGUACCCAGAUGAGCAGCGUAGCCUUAACAAUGGGACGAUUUUACAAUGGAAAUGAUGGGUAGAGGCAUGUCAGACCCUUGCUUUUCACAACCAAAGUUCCUUAAAGAGACUUCCAGCCUCAUGAGCCUUGAGUGCUUGUUUCCAGUCUUCUGGGGAUUCUUGUGGUGGUCUCUGAAAUGUGUGUGGUUAGGGUGUUUAUUUUUUUUUCCUUGUUGAUGAAGUUAUCCAUGGAUAAGAACCUUUCCGCUUUAGAAAGGAGAUGUACUCUGGAAGGAGCAACAGUCCUAGGGCUGCUGUGUAUUUUCUAGAGUCCGUUUAAAUAUGUUGGGACUUUUAUUUAAUUUUUUUUAAAUAUUUAAAAGGAAAACUGAUAACGGACAAACCGAAUAUUCAUGAUAGGUGAAUAGCCAAGGUCACAAAUGCAGGAGGAAUGCACGUCACCCAGACUGUGAGGAUUCUGGUCUGCGCUGUAGCUAGAAAGUGUGUCAUACUGACAAAACCAUCAGGAAAUCCUCGUUUGCAGCCAGUCUGAAAAGAAGCCGUUCCUCAUUUUGUAUGUUAAUUUCUCAAAACCUCCUGUUGGGAGUUGAAUUCUCUUGUUGUUUCAUCAGGAAAAUGAUUAAUGUUCUCCUUUUCUUCCCCAGUCCCUUUCCUCAGUAACUUGUGUGCAUUUACCUUUCUUUCUGUAGAUGCAGAUGUUCUAGGCAAUACCAUAGAUGCACCUGCGUGUGUCUCUCUACCUGCAAGUGCAAGAAUCUCAUGUCAUCUUAAAAAAAAUACAAAAAAUAUACAAAAAAUUAUACAAAAAAUAUCUUUUUUAGGCCAGAGUUUUCUACAGGUAUUAAUGAAUAUUUUUCUUAAUCCUUAUAAGUUUUAUGUGUUUAAUAUUUCUUAAUACCGGUAGCAUUAAUUUAUACUUUUGUAGCAACACAAUAUUUUUAUAAACCGCCACCGCUGGCUUUGUCUUCAUAAUGGGGAAAUGUGCGGGCAGCUGGCCCUGCACUGUACCAUGUACUGUAUUUAAAAGGUUAUCUAAUGUCACACUUGCUGUGUUAAUAAACAAACAAAACCUGUUUGGAGUCUCAUGUAUUGUUGGUGUGGAUCGAAUGACUCAA